AUGCUCGCUCGAGCCGGUCUCCAGCAGCUUGUUCCUGAAAAGUCCGGGCGUUGGAGCCAUAAUAAGGGCUUGUUUACAGAGCUUGUUCAGGCAACCCAGGGAUGCUCGAUUCCUGACCUACUGGUCAUUUUGACACGUGCCAAAGCUCUGCAAGUGGAACACUGGCCAGAGUGCGUUAAAGCUGCUGAGAAGCUGAAGCUGCUGCAGACAAUGCUCGGUGACUUGCAGUCGGCACUAAGCUGGACCAGCAUCGAAGAUAUUGACUUGCUGCUACAACGGGUGGUGGCUCUGGAUUUACGCGGCCACGACUUCAGUCUGCUCGUGUCUGCUGUUGAGCAGCGGCUUCACAGACUCCAGAGCCUCCGCCGUGAGCUGAGAACAGCAGCUCGGUCCUCCGACAUCAUCCUGCUUGCAGGCACACUGCAAACAUCAGACGAACUCGGGGUGAGAGGAUCUGGUGUGUCGCACUGGAAAGAAGUCGAGGUUGCUGAAGUCCGGCUGAAGGUUCUCCAUGCGCUUUUGGCCAAGAUGUUCAUGACUCAGCUUGCCUAUUAG